AAGCUGGUUCACGCAGAAUCUGGUGCAGCUGUGUAUGGUAGCCAAUCAGCUUCUAACAUCAGCUUGUUCAAUAAGCCCCGGUUCACAUAUAUGCUGCCGUGAGGGCAGCGUUUUGCACGGGCACGAGAGCCCAUUCAUUUGAAUGGACUCCUGUGCCCGUGACACACAGGGAAGAAGUCCCUGCACUUCUUCCAAAAACGCAGCCCACAUGGGAACCUCGGUUCCCAGUACGGUUGCGUUUUCCAGUGCAGGCGGUGUGCCAUUAGAACUACUGGCACCCACCCACAGGUCUGCAUUUCUUGUGUGGGUGGUGCGGCUGCAUGGAUUUUCCUGCGGAUCCGCAGCGGCACCACCCACACAGAUGUGAACCUAGCCUUAUU